CUUGGCGCGCGGCAUUAACCUGACGACGUCAUUUUCAGAAAAGUCUAUCGAUAAGAAAGUCAAGCUAUCCCGGACUAUCUGCACUAUCAACGCUAUCAGGAGCUCAAAAAUUCAAUUGACUCUUUAAUUUAUUAUUAGAUACGUACCUCCUAUUAUAAUUUCCUCUACAAGCUAACUUUCCUUUGUUUCUUAAGAGGUAGCCUUCAUAAUUGCCAUGAUAGCUCGGAGCGCAUCACGAUACUGCUUAAAGCUGCGACCUACCUUGGCUCGUCCAGUGAGCCAAUACAGCCGACAAUGGUGUCGUCGAUAUUCCAUACCUUCGGGUCCUCUGCCGACUGCUAGCUCCUCUAGCUCUACCGGAAUGCUGGCGCCCUUCGUAAAUGAGUUGGAUAAAAUUGCACCAUCAUUCCACAUCAACGGGUCGCAAAUACGAAUCCUGAAAACACCUACUGAUUUCUACGAGGCGCUCAAGACCAGGAUACGUAACGCUAAGAAACGCAUAUUCUUGUCUACUCUUUACAUUGGGAAGUCAGAGAAGGAACUGAUCGCAACGCUCCAAGAUGCACUUCGCGCGAAUCCCGAGUUGAAGCUAAGCAUCUUGACGGACGCCCUCCGUGGAACUCGAGAAACACCUGACCCGUCUUGUGCAUCUCUCCUCGCCCCUCUUAUUACGGAGUUUGGCUCGGAUCGAGUUGAGAUUCGCAUGUACCAUACACCAAACCUUACCGGCUUACGAAAGAAGUAUAUACCCAAACGCAUCAACGAAGGAUGGGGCCUACAGCAUAUGAAGCUUUAUGGGAUUGACGAUGAAAUAAUUCUCUCAGGUGCGAACUUAUCGAACAAUUACUUUACCAAUCGUCAAGAUCGAUAUCACCUCUUUUCUUCGAGUGAAGUGACCAAUUAUUUCUGGAGACUCUACCAGGGCGUCACGUCACUUAGCUUUUUGGUUGAGCCCAGAAAUGAUGUCCCUGCAGGUUACAAACUACGCUGGCCCUCAACAAAUGCUGCUCCGUCCCCUCUAGAACACCCUGCCGAGUUUGUUUCCCAGGCUACACCACUUAUUAGUAGGUUAAUAUCCAGAGACGAAACUCUCAACAACCCCAAGUUGCAAGAUCAGGGCUCGCCUGUCUCGCGGAACACGAAGGUUUAUAUGCUUGGCCAGCUGUCCCAACUUAUGAAACCGGAUUCGUCCACCGAGCUCCCAGCGAUAACGCACAUCCUAAAGACACUCGCGGCACCAGAGUAUGCCGGCUCAGCGUGGACUUUUACGGCGGGGUAUUUUAAUCCAGCUCCAUCGCUUACGAAUUUGCUCCUCUCGACAGCUUCGCAAAACAACGUGGUGAUCACGGCGUCUCCGUUUGCAAAUGGGUUUUAUAAGUCGACGGGCGUAUCCGGGCUUUUACCUGAUGCAUACACGCUAUUAGCUCGGAGGUUUCUUCGCGCAAUCAAGGAGAAAAAGCGAGAUUCUACAGUAGUUCUCAAAGAGUGGAGAAAAGGCACUGUUAAUGAACCAGGUGGAUGGACUUAUCACGCUAAGGGGCUAUGGGUAACUCUUCCAAACGAACAACAUCCGGCGAUUAGCAUCAUCGGAAGCUCCAAUUAUACGAAACGAAGCUAUUCUCACGAUCUCGAAGCUGGCGCUUUAAUUGUAACUGAGGAUAAUGAUUUAAAGAAAAGAUUAGGCGACGAGCAGAAGUGGCUACAGGAAUAUGCAAGCCCUGUAACUUUGGAUGACUUGGCUAAGACAGAAAGGCGCGUUGGGUUAAAAGUGAGAAUAGCGAUGUGGAUCGUCAGUGUUGUCGGAGGCGCUCUCUAAUGAUCCAGCUCAUAUUGAUGAUAAGAUAUUCAAUUACCAUGGGAACGUCAACCAAAUUAUGCGACGAACCCAGGAAUUGAAAAACCUGUCAUUAUACUUGAAUUUCUUGAUGCAUACCAAACGUUUCGCUGCUAAGCGACGAAGCAAGAGAGAGGGAGAAAGACGAUCAUCUAAACGCAAGAAGAAGUGUCGGAGCCAAGCUGCGUUUACUCAAAAUGUAUAGGCGGAGCGACAUCCUCCGCAUUUGAUCUCACCACCUACCUACAAUGAUACC